CCCCCCCAAGCCAGCUCCUGCCAACCGCUUCCGCCCUUGCAGGUUAGCAUGCUCAUCUCCCUGAUGGACGCCCUCACCGCCGCCGUGGCUGCAGGAGGUGCCACGACGCCCGUGCUCGUCCACAGUGCCACGUACCAGGGCGGCAUCGCGUCGCUCAGCAAGGGCACCUUCUCCCUGGACGACUCCUUAGAGGCGCACGCCCGCUUCGCCGUCUACUACUACGACCUGAACCACGUCGGCAACACGAUCCACUUGACGGCGCCCUCAGGAGCUACCUUCGCCUCGGUCAACAUGCAGGAGGAAGAUGGGGAUGUCAACAUGAUCUCCGUCAACUUGCAUAACGCCGAGCGAGGCGUGUGGAAAUACAAGGUCGAAAAUCGCGCCGAUUCCCACCAGGCAUUGCACAUCCAAGUGACGUCACGCCCAAGCACCAAUACCAGAGUGACAGUGAGAGUCUGGACCAAUCAGCAAACGGUAGACAUCGGCACAGCCAAGGAACAGGAGCAUGAACCAAUCAAAAUCUAUGGAGAAAUCAAGGUAACAUUGUGAUUGGUCGGUUUGGUUGUUAGUCUUGUACUUUAUAUAGAUUAUGGUGAUGAAUUAAGGUACGAUGUCUCUUUAUUCCCGUUAUAGGUAAAAAAAAAAAAUAUAUACACUGCUAGAAUAAAUUAUAGCAAAAUUUGAAAACUAUCAAAUUGAAGAUCCGGUUGGAAAACUUUGGUCUCAUUAACCGCAUGAUCUCUUUCGCAACUUAUCUUAUAUUAACAUUCUUACAGAUGGGCGGCGCGGCUGUCAUGGAUGCCGGCGUCAUGGUCCAACUGCAGCGUCUCGGCACCAACGCGACGGGGGGGACAUACCCACCUGUGAAGCUACAGCUGUUUGAUUUGGGCACAGGAGGCAAGUGUU